UUUUGUGAAAAUCAGUUUACACACGGUGCGGAAGUAAAUUGUUGUGAAAAUGGCAGACAGGUUCGAAGCUCUUGAAGAGCAGUUAGAAAGGUUUAUAGAGAAUACUAGGCAGUUAGGAAUCAUUGUCAGUGACUUCCAGCCCCAGGGUCAAAAUGCGCUGAAUUCAAAAUUACAGACGAUGGUGCAGGGUAUGCAGGAGGUCGACAAGUUGAAGGGCCACAUGCAGGACAUACAUGUGCCCCUGGAAGUGUUCGAGUACAUAGACCAGGGAAAGAACCCUAACCUUUACACCAAACACUGCCUGGAGAAGGCCCUUGCCAAGAAUGAGCAGGUCAAGGGAAAGAUCGACGCCUUCAAGAGAUUCAAGGCAAUGUUGAUACUGGAGCUGGGUGAGGUUUUUCCUGUGGAGAUGGCAAACUACCGAGCAAUGCGGAAUGAUGACCGGCCCACUUGACCACACAAGCCUGACCACCUCUCCUGACCCCGCGUCUUAGAUUACUAGUAGGCCUUUAGAAAGCUUGUUCAUCAGUGCUGGACUCGACAUAGUGCUGGGUCGCUGUGGAUUGUAGAUGUAGACAUUGACAUUGGAUACUACAUAACUUGAUAAGUGUGCGCCUGUUGAUCAGGCUGAAAAUAUCUUGGUACAUUGUUUUUGUCAUUGAAUGAUUUUGCGUAGAAUAUUGAAAGACCCAAAGUCUUGUUUUAAGGUACAAUAAAUCAUUGUUUUCCUUAACAUUCUGUUAUCAUAUGUGGUGUGAAACUCUAAAUGCUUCUUAAACUGAUAUCUGUUUUGUUCUAAUUCAUCUAUUUUUUAUUGUAUUAUAAGAGCAAAAUUCAUUUUCAUGAACAAUUCAUUUUCAUGAACAAUAAAAAUCUACUUUUAGCAUA